GAAGACCUUAAACUGCUAGAUUUUCAUCUUGUCUCACCCCAAAAUGGAAAAGUAUCUGAAGAAUAUUCUUGUUGUCUCUUUUGGAUUCUUGCUUCUGUUUACUGCUUACAGAGGGCUUCAGAGCCUACAGAGCAGUCUCCACUCUGAAAAUGGCCUGGGCGUUGCUUCUCUGAGCGUUGUCUAUGGAGCUCUUAUCCUGUCUUCCAUGUUUCUCCCACCAAUGAUCAUUAAGAAAUUUGGAUGCAAAUGGACCAUUGUAGGCUCCAUGUGCUGCUAUAUUGCAUUCUCCUUGGGCAACUUCCAUGCCAGCUGGUAUACACUGAUCCCAACAUCUGUGAUCUUGGGUCUGGGAGGAGCACCUAUGUGGUCUGCUAAAUGCACAUAUCUCACCAUUGCUGGUAACUCACAUGCCCAGAAAGCAGGAAAAAUUGGAAAAGAUGUUAUCAACCAGUAUUUUGGGAUCUUCUUUCUGAUAUUCCAAUCCUCUGGAGUCUGGGGAAAUCUUACAUCUUCUUUAGUGUUUGGCCAGUCUACUAACAGAGAAAUCUCAGAAGCAGAGCUGGCAUGCUGUGGUGCAUUUGACUGCGUGGAGAAACUAGAUGGAAAUGACACUGGAGCUCCAAGAAAACCAAGUGAUACUUUAAUCUACACUCUGCUUGGAAUUUAUACAGGUAGCGGGGUGCUAGCUGUGUUGCUGGUCUCUGUGUUUCUGGAUCAGAUCACAGCCACCAAAGAAGAGAGCAAAGAAGAGAAAACACCACCAUCAUUCUGUUCUACUUUCUUGGCAACAUUCCGACAGCUUAAAGAUGUACGCCAGUGUCUCCUGAUUCCUUUGACCAUGUACAGUGGACUUGAACAAGGAUUCCUUGCUGGUGACUACACCAAGUCCUACGUGACCUGUGCCCUUGGGAUAAAUUUUGUUGGCUAUGUGAUGAUCUGCUUCUCAGCCACAAAUUCACUCUGCUCGAUUCUCUUUGGGAAGAUUUCCCAGUUCACAGGCAGAAAAGCUCUAUUUGUACUGGCGGCAAUUAUCAAUCUUGCCUGUAUGGUAACGCUACGGCUCUGGAAACCUCGCCAAGAGCAUCUUGCUGUAUUCUUCAUAAUACCUGCACUCUGGGGUGUUUCUGGUGCUAUCUGGCAGACACAAAACAAUGCUCUUUAUGGAGUUUUAUUUGAAAAGCACAUAGAAGCCGCAUUUGCUAAUUAUCGCCUGUGGGAAUCAUUGGGAUUUGUCAUCGCCUUUGGCUACAGCACUUUCUUACAAGUCUACAUCAAACUGUAUAUUGUCUUGGCUGUGCUGGUGGUGGCCAUUGUCUUAUAUGGAAUAGUUGAGUAUCUGGAAUCCAAGGCUUCUGGAAUGCCCGACACUACCAAUAGGGAGCCCAUCAAACUCCCACAAGAUGUUCUGCAAACAAAUAUGUACGACACAAUGUUGUCCCACUACAAACUCCAUUUUUAUGCGUGGAUUUUCUUGGGCUACCAGUGA